AAUCAUGUACAGCUGAUAUGAACAUGCACCUGUCAUCAUUAUUCAGAUCACACAUGAACAGAGGUUAACGUCCCAAUCAAGGUAUGUACACCGUACUAAUCAACUCCAUGAUAUAUGGCCUUUAUCAAAACAAUACAUCAUUCUCAUCAACGUUCUAAUUGUCUGGUUACGUUAUACUCGUCUUCUGAAGUUUAUAAUUACACAAGUUAAACUCGGAUAUUGUUUAAACUGUAUGUAUAUCCUUGUAUUUCCGGAGACCUCCACUGUAAACCUGUCCUCUGGUUGUGUUUCUGGGUCCCUAUUUCCGGAGCCCUCCAUUGUAAACCUGUCCUCUGGUUGUGUUUCUGGGUCCCGCCAUGUUGUUAGCGGGAAGGUCGGUGUAUGUCGCAGUUGUGGUAUUUUGCUGUCUAUUAAAAACUUCGAAUUCUCAAGAUGUUUCCCUUGGUGAAGCACUCAAGUUAUCCGAGCUUCGAGGUAUGCUGUCUUUUCCCGUCAAUAUAAAAGGAGACGAUUUGCCGAAUAUAACAGGUCCGGCCUCGUCAGACUCUCGAAUCGCGAUCCUUGGGGCGGACCCUGCCGGUGUACACAUGGCCUAUAAGUUAAAGAAACGCGGUUUCACCAAUGUGGUAAUUUUGGAGCCUGGAGACCAGGUUGGCGGGAAGUCAUUGACGGUACACCAUAGAGGGGUGCGUCACGAGUUAGGAAAUGGCCACUUCCGGGUGGAGAAUGGCGACAUCCUGUCAAUCAUCGAUGACUUUAGAAUGGGCCCAAUCCAUCCAUUAGGAAGCUUUUCUGUGUGGCCGAACAGUGGACGUCCAGAUAAUAUUUUGCAUUAUUUAUUGAUCGACGCUACUCAAACACAAAACGUUUCCGACCCUGUCCUUGUCCUGAAUCUGCUGUCCGAUGCCAUCAUGAGAUACAUCACAAUACAUCGGGAAAUAUUCGGUGACUACCAAGGAGUGUUGAUGCGGCGUCCCCGUACAAACGACAUGUGGCUGGUGAACGGAACUAUUGAAGAUUUCCUUACACGUAAUGGCCUCACUAUAUUGGAGACAUUGUUCCGUGUGUUAUAUACCGCAGAGGGGUAUGGAUAUUUAGAUAAAAGUGCAGCAUUGUACGGCCUGAUGUCUGUCACACCUAAACGGUUAUUGAGGUUUAUAGAAUCGAUGGUAGAUCCAACAGACAUUGGGGACAGCUACAUUCUCGAGCGUGGGUUUUCAGAGUUAUGGUCAGAAAUCGCGAGCAAAGCUAAUCUUAAUGUAAGACUCAAUCAGAAUAUUUCUUUCAUUAUACGAACUCCUGAAAAUGUCAAUGUAUAUUAUAAUAACACGGAAGAUACGGGCAACAUGGAUACGUACGACUUCCUUAUCAUUGCGAGAGAUAUGAGUAAAGUUUUAGGUAUAGUGGAUACGUCCUGGAUUGAGAGACAGAUAUUCAGUCAUCUUACACCGUCUUUUAUGACAUCAUCACUGAUUGAUACCAACUUCGGUAGGCGCGGGCCCAUGCCGAGAGCAUACUACAUGUAUAACACCAAAUCAGGGGCAGAUCACUCUGUUUUGUACCAUGAAGAUUCGUACAGUAUUUUGCGCAACAUUCAGGGACCUAAAUACAGCCGCGGAGUAAUACCAGGAAGCUAUGAUGGCGAACUGUACCAAUCAAUUGUUGUUCGGCAGUAUGGAGACGCAUUCCCGUCGACAGAGGACAUCAACACAGGGUUUUUAAAUCAUGCAAAUUUAUACGGAAUAACACACGGUCUUGUGUUAGCUAGGAAGACCUGGCAUCAUUUCCCCCGAUUUUCACCAGUAGAUGUAGCGGCAGGCGUUUUAUGGGAUAUAUUUACUCUACAGGGACACAAGAACACGUGGUAUAUAGGCUCGUCUGUCUGUUUGGACUCGUUAAACAGUGUCAUCGAUUAUAACAACCUUGUCCUGCAGUACUUUACCUCGAAAACAUUACAAUAAAUCUUGACCUUAUCAGAUGAAGUUAUAUGUCUUUGUUAUACCCUUAAUCAACAGUUACUAUAUAAAUAUAUAGAGUAAAAUGCCAAAAGUUUAACUGUUGUGGUCGCCAGUCCAAACGAACUGUUAAAAUUGACUGUUGACCGCUAAUUCCGGAAGUACCCGAAUGCGCCCGAGUGAUUACGAUUUACUGUAAACAUUAGAGUUACCUUCCCUUGUCGUUUGCACAUCCUGAACUGGCUACGAGUGGUGCAGACGGUUUGUUUAGGUUUGCCCUAGCGUCUGAAGACGAAAUACAGCAAAUUUUGGAUGACCCUGUUAGCAAAAAUACGAAAAAUGUGAUGAAAACAGCGAAAAACAUCUUGACCGACUUUCUGUUGAUAUGCGAUCUCUCUCUCUUACGCUUAUCAUGAAUGAUUAUUCAACUGAGGAUUUGAACGAUAUGCUGAGAAAGUUUGUCUACUGCGCCGUUCGUAAACAAGAUGGAACCAUGUAUGCUAAAAAGUCCUAAUUUUUUAACAUUGUUAAUGAAUUCAUAUAAUUAUGUUUCAUUGUAAUCUAGUCUGCAUGAAGAAGAUAAUACAUGUAAUAAAUAUAACAAAACA